AUGGCGACGAACGGCGACUCCGGUCGAGCUUCUGGAAGCUUGGUGGAUGCCUCGGGCUACAAGUUCACGGAGAAGGAUACGAAGCCCGGCAAGAUGAAGGUGAAAAAGACCUCCAAGGCCUCGACCAAAAAGAAGGCAGACGAUACGAAGGAUGGACCAGUUGACUCUUCACCUACAUCCCCUCUGCCGAAGUUAGACGACAAGCUUGCCAUGUCUUUCCCGACUGGUAGACCGCGCGAGGAAGAUCUGCUCGAAACUGUUAUCUGCAAGCAUUGCAAACGGCCCAUUUUGAAAUCGUCCGCCCCAGAGCAUAUUCGUGGUUGCCUGAAGGCAAAGCAAGAGAAGGCCCGCAAGAAGAAGGAAGCUCGUGACGCAGCGAAUAGGGCCAAGGUCACGGACGGCAAAGACGACGACGAUAUCCGUGACAAGGUCGACUUUGGUGAAGACGCAAUGAAGGGACAAAAGAGUGCCAAGAAGAGCGCUGUCAAGGGCACCGAGGACGGGACCAAGAAGGGCAAGAAGCGAAAGGCAGAUGAGGAUGAUAACAAGGAGCCCAAGAAAAAGAAAAAGAAGGAUGAGCCCAAGGCUAAGACUGCCAAGCCUAAGGGUCCUGUUGAUGUUGAGAAGCAGUGUGGUGUGACCUUGCCCAACGGUGCGCAGUGCGCUCGUUCUCUCACUUGCAAGAGUCAUUCGAUGGGCGCCAAGCGCGCCGUCCCCGGCCGAUCUCUUCCAUAUGAUAUGCUACUUCAGCAAUAUCAGAAGAAGAAUCAGGCUCGCCAGCAGAAAGCCGCGAUCGAUGCCAAUGCCCCGCUCCAAGACGAAGUUGAUACGAACGGUCCGGUUGAUUCGGACGAAGAGAGAGAUCAGGUCAUGGCCGCCAUUGCCCGUUCCAACCCCAAGCCCCUCGCUGAACAUACCCUCAUAACCUCGAGCACGAAAUACCGAUAUGUCCGCAUCAAAGAACAAAUGCUACACGCGAUUGGUGGGAGAGGUGGGGGUCUUUUCUCCACUGAUGACAGCCAGCCUUUGUUUGGUGGAAGCCUAUUCCAACCAUUCGACCCCGAGAUGGAUUCAUCUUCCCCCCUGAUCCCCAAUGCUGACCCUGGUGAUGGUUCCAUGUCUGUGGAUGGAUCGAGAAAGACCCCCGUCCAAGGUGUGCGGAAAACACCUGUUGGUGUUGCGUCUUGA